GGCUGUUGUUGUCUUUUCAGUGACAAAUUAACAGUACAGUAUUAUAAACCAUCAAGUCACGCAGUGCUUUUGGUGCUGUGACAUGGCUGUUGUUGGCUUAUUAUCAGGGACAAAUUAACAGUACAGUAUUAUAAACCAUCAAGUUUUGGUGCUGUGACAUGGCUGUUGUUGGCUUAUUAUCAGUGACAAACAUCCUGUAUUCACAUUUAACUAAAUUCAUCAUACUGUAGAUCCUUGACCUCAAUUCACACUGUUUGCUGGUUGGAUUAAGAAGGUGAAACUCAAGUAAAUAUUACACAUACAUGGUGACAUAUUGAAGCAUUACGUUUUUCAAAAUUUUUGUUUGGUCUGCGACUUCAAGCUGCCAGUAUUAUUCAACAUAAUAUUUUGUCACCAACAAUGGAUGUGACCAUUACACACGAUAUUUUCUGUGACCCAGAAUGUCAAAAUAAUGGUACUUGUGUGCUUGGGAAGUGCUCCUGUCCACAGGGUUUCACUGGUUUAUCAUGUGAAGAUAUAAGUGAUGAUGGUUACGGUAACUUCUCAUCUCUUGCAGCUAUUAUCGGAGGUGUGUCAUUUAUAGCAAUCAUGGUUGUGUUAUCUUGUCUAGCUUUUGUCUCUCUUUUAAAAAAACCGCAAGAUAAUGAAAUAUAUGAUAGGCGAGCACAUGACUCGCGACUUGUGAGUGUAGCGGCAAUUGAUCCAUGUCCAUCUUUUGUUGAAGAAGAAGUGAUAGCACAAAGCGACAUUCCACCACGCUACAGUCAAGUCACAAUUUCAGUUGCUGACAGACAAAAAAUUGCAAAAACCUUUCGGUCCAUAGAGCAGUUUAAAGCACAGAAUGACAACACACCACCUUCGUAUGACUUGGUAGAACAUUGUGAUGAAAGCGGGAAAGAAGAAGAAUCAGACCAGCUUUUAAUUUGUAAAGAAGAAACAAAACAUUCAGAUAAAGAAAGUUGAAUGUAGUUGAUGAACUUGUUCACAUUAUAUUUCAUUUACUGUUUUUUUUUCGAGCCACCUAAUGAAGUUGGAAGGGGAGCAUAAUGUUCGUUCUGUGAGAUAUCUUGUUUUUUUAGGAGGAUUUCCUUUUCAGCUAUUUCAAUUUUUCUCUUUCCAGCAACAUUUUUUAAACAUUUUUCUCAAGAUUUCCUUUUCAAAUAGUCUUUGUUGUUGAGACCUGAAGUUCUUUCAUCUGUUUAAAUCUUUCAAUCCUGUAUCAUAUUGGUGCUGUACUAGUUUUUAAAUAUAAACUAUAUAUUUCUCUUUUAUUAGUACGUUUAAAUUGACUAGCAAGUUUAGACGUAUUCAUAUGAGUCACACCCUAACUCAUUUGUGAGUGAAGCCAUCUUUAUAUUUUGCCUGCUUCAAAAUGAUGGAAUACAUAGGUCAAUGUGUGAGUCUUGAUCUGUCCCAGAUUUCAAAACUUGACUCACAAUAGAGACAACUGUGACAUAUUCAUAGGUCAAUGUGUGAGUCUUGAUCUGUCCCAGAUUUCAAAACUUGACUCACAAUAGAGACAACUGUGACAUAUUCAUAGGUCAAUGUGUGAGUCUUGAUCUGUCCCAGAUUUCAAAACUUGACUCACAAUAGAGACAACUGUGACAUAUUCAUAGGUCAAUGUGUGAGUCUUGAUCUGUCCCAGAUUUCAAAACUUGACUCACAAUAGAGACAACUGUGACAUAUUCAUAGGUCAAUGUGUGAGUCUUGAUCUGUCCCAGAUUUCAAAACUUGACUCACAAUAGAGACAACUGUGACAUAUUCAUAGGUCAAUGUGUGAGUCUUGAUCUGUCCCAGAUUUCAAAACUUGACUCACAAUAGAGACAACUGUGACAUAUUCAUAGGUCAAUGUGUGAGUCUUGAUCUGUCCCAGAUUUCAAAACUUGACUCACAAUAGAGACAACUGUGACAUAUUCAUAGGUCAAUGUGUGAGUCUUGAUCUGUCCCAGAUUUCAAAACUUGACUCACAAUAGAGACAACUGUGACAUAUUCAUAGGUCAAUGUGUGAGUCUUGAUCUGUCCCAGAUUUCAAAACUUGACUCACAAUAGAGACAACUGUGACAUAUUCAUAGGUCAAUGUGUGAGUCUUGAUCUGUCCCAGAUUUCAAAACUUGACUCACAAUAGAGACAACUGUGACAUAUUCAUAGGUCAAUGUGUGAGUCUUGAUCUGUCCCAGAUUUCAAAACUUGACUCACAAUAGAGACAACUGUGACAUAUUCAUAGGUCAAUGUGUGAGUCUUGAUCUGUCCCAGAUUUCAAAACUUGACUCACAAUAGAGACAACUGUGACAUAUUCAUAGGUCAAUGUGUGAGUCUUGAUCUGUCCCAGAUUUCAAAACUUGACUCACAAUAGAGACAACUGUGACAUAUUCAUAGGUCAAU